CCAAGAUGGCGUCCUGAAGUGUUGACCAAAUAAGGCAGUUAAAAAGCAGAGGGCUUCAUAUAUAAAGGACGAAAGAAGGAGGAAGCGCAAUGAGUUAUCAACUGUACCGAAAUACAACGUUGGGAAACAGCCUACAGGAGAGCUUGGAUGAAUUAAUACAGGUGAAAUAUUUCAUCCGAGUGCAUUUCUUUUAGCUAUCUAUAAUUGAUAAUUCUAUAAAUAUACAAAGUUUUAUUACAAAUUGGCAAAUUAUUGAUCAAAUAUGCCUCAUGGUUCUGAAACCAUAUUAAAAAGUUCUUUUUUCUUAUAAUAGUCGCAACAAAUAAGUCCCAAGCUUGCCCUGCAAGUUUUGCUGCAGUUUGAUAAAGCUAUUAAUAAUGCUUUGGCAUCGCAAGUCAAAAACAGGGCAAAUUUCAAGGUACAGUUUAUAAUAUAAAUAGAGCAAUAUUUUUAAUAAUCUCAUUUAGGGGCCACGUCCAUAUUCAUGUUGCCAGGCAUAACGUCGAAUCGAAUAACCAGUACCUACCACCCACCUCAGAUAACGUUGAUCGUUACCCUGUCAUAUUUUGACCACUAAAAGAGCUCAAAAUCAAAAUGGCAACUGAAAUAUGGUAUAUAAUCAAUCAAUUUAUCUCAGAAAUGCAUUAGAAUGCUUAGGCUUCAAUUCAAAGUUAUUGACAAUUGUACUUGCCUUCGUUGGCGCCAAUUAAUGUAGGCUCUUUAUUAUAAAAAGAUGAGAAGUUUUAUCGCAGAAAAAUGUCAUGAUUCGCGAACACAAAUGAACCGGUAUUUGACACAAAAAAAGUCACUUCAAUACAAAACAUUAAAUAUUUAAACUUCGGUCUGUUCGGAUGUAAAUAGUCAAACUGCCACGAGAUAACGUCGAGGAGUUGACGUAAAAAACUACCCAUAACGUCGAUUUGAAUAUGGACGUGGCCCCUUAAUAAUAUACUAGGCAGUGGAAACCCCCACCCCCUAGUGGGCCUAGUCCCGGGAUAUAGUAGGGUUUUUGGGUCAAGUCCCCCACCUCUUAGGAUAUGAUGCUUACAUGAGACCAUUUAAUGUCAAACCGUUUUACAGGAUGUAUAUAUGGGCAUUUGCCUAUGUAUCCCUGGGGGUAUCCCUGGCACGGUUCACAGGAUGAGAAAAUAAUGGAUCGCAAGUCUCGGAUAUCAAAACCUCAUUUUCUUAAAUCAUGAAACUAAGGUUUCUAAGAAGGCCUUAACCUGUAAUACAUGUAUAGUGUUUUUAUCAUUUAUUGCAGUUACUGCUGUCUCAUUCCUUUUCCAACCAGCAAAAAUUCAGUUCAAUGCACAAACUAAGGCCACACUUUUUGGCCUCCGUGUAUAUUCUGCAAUUUUUUUAUGAACACUGGUAGUGAGGAGUGCUUGCUUGCAUAUAGUCCUACGAAAUCUUACUCUUAUGAAAUUCAGUUGGCCCACAGGCUUUGGAGUUUGGAUCAUGCAAAAUAUAACAGAUCCAGAUUUCAUACUAGUAUUCUUACGAAGAACAACUUUUUGAAUUCACCAUUCUCAGAGAAUAUUUAUCAAUUAAUUACACAUCACCAUUGAAUGCCGCCAGCACUCUUCCGUUGACAAAUAAAAUCAUCUUGCAUUAGAGUAAAAUAAUAAAGUUGGGUGCAUCAGGAUGAAUUGCCACUUAAAGGGUUAUAAUCACUAAUGUAAUGAACACAUAAUGUAAUGAACACAUUACAGUAGAGUCCCGGAGUAGAGUCCCGUAGAUUUGCAGUAGAGUCCCGACAUCAAUAUUAACUAGAGAUGCGUAUUUCCUAUGGACGAAUUUAGGCAAUUUGGUUCAAUAAUUAGUGUGACAACAGACGCCAUGUUGGCACGCUGUACAUGAGCAGCCCGCAACCACCCAGAGAAAAUAGGGUAGCACGGGUCAAUCGCGUUGAAAAAAUAAUAGGGUCGGCAGAAAAAAAUAGGGUCGGUCGGGAACCGGAACCACAGGUUUUUUUUUACGCCUUAACUUGUGCAUAACAAUUACAGGUAAACUUCUUUUUAGUUCCUAACUCAUUUGGAAUUUUCCUAAUUACCUUUGCAAAUUCCUUGAGGGAAUUUGCAAUGUUCCUGUCGGCAGGGCUUUAAUUUUAUUGCAGCAAUUGCCAUAGAGGGAGAACAAAAUGCUGUGGAUCAUUGCAGCAUAGUAUAAUUUUUAUACUAUUAUUCACUGUGCAUUACUAUUUUGAUACUUGAAUUCAGAUGUUCAUCGAAUCAUGCGUAAAUUACUAUUUUAGUCUACGUUUUCUUCGAAAAAAAAAUACUAAAGAAAUACGUAAUUAUGUAAACAUGUUUCAAGCUUGUCAACAGUCAAAAAGUAACAAUAAAAUUAAACUUUUAUUACAGUAAUUUGAAAAAAUGCCGUGGAAACUGCCAAAAUUGCUGUAGACAGCUGUUACGUUCAACGGCAAUUUUUAAUGCCAUUGCCAUCGAUUGAUUUCAGGGAAAUUCGAGGCCUGUCUGUCAGCUGUUGCAACAUUCCAAUGCAGAGAAACUUCCUUAGUUUGUAAAUUUUCCUAACUUCCUGUUUUAAUUUCCUGACUUCCUGUUCUGCUGUGAGCGUUGUCACUGGUGGAUUAUUUUUGUUAGCCAAUUACACUGCACAGAACAGGACGUUAAGAACUUCUAACAGGAACUGAGGAAAUUUUAAUUGGCUUUUUAUACGAACAAUAGAACAUUGCAAAUUCCUCAAGGGAUUUUCAAUGGAAUAUUUCAAAUUUGCAAAUGCAAUGAGGAAAAUUGCAAUCAAGUUAGGAACUCAAAAGAGAAACUCUUGAUGUCGUUAACCUGUAACAUUCUUUCCAAAAUUUCUGACAUUUGUCAUUAUCUCCUCAUGUGGCUACCCCCUUGCCUAAUUAACACACUGAGUUGCAUUAUGCUCUCUUCUUGAUCUCAGGAACUCAAAAGAGAAACUCUUGACGUAGUUAACCUGUAACAUUCUUUCCAAAAUUUCUGACAUUAGUCAUCUCCCCAUUUAUGCUGCCAGAGUGUGGCUACCCCCUUGCCUAAUUAACACAUUGAGUUGCAUUUUGCUCUCUUCUUGAUCUCAGGAACUCAAAAGAGAAACUCUUGACGUAGUUAACCUGUAAUAUUCUUUCCAAAAUUUCUGACAUUUGUCAUUAUCUCCCCAUUUAUGCUGCCAGAGUGUGGCUACCCCCUUGCCUAAUUAACACACUGAGUUGCAUUUUGCUCUCUUCUUGAUCUCCGGAACUCAAAAGAGAAACUCUUGACGUAGUUAACCUGUAAUAUUCUUUUCAAAAUUUCUGACAUUUGUCAUUAUCUCCCCAUUUAUGCAGCCAGAGUGUGGCUACCCCCUUGCCUAAUUAACACACCGAGUUGCAUUUUGCUCUCUUCUUGAUGAGUAAAAUCAUCUGGUAAAAUAGACAAGGUAAAACAAUAAAGUAGGGCAGACUAAGGUGCAAUGCAACUUUUAAUGGGUUACAAUCAUCAAAACUCUAAAUCAAGAUUCUAGGUUUUAAAAUUUUCCCAGGGAAAAAUCCCUACACAUUCACUGUUAAUAUCCUGUAAGCCUCUAACAGGUUUAGUAACUCAGGGCUUAAGAUUUGAAGUACCGUAUCCCGAUAUCCACUAGAUUUCAAUUUUGGAUAUUGGAAAUCAUAGGCUUUGUAUCCCAACGGGAUGCUAUAGAAAUUUCCAAUCCAAACUCUUCAAUCUGUACAUUGAAAAUGUUCAACAGCAUAGCUUGUUUUGGCACUUUGGUUCUUAUUCUUUGUAUUUUUGGUCACUGAGGUUUUGGCCCAGCAACUAUAGGUUUCUCCUUUGGUUUUUCUAAUACAAGUUGGUCACAACAAACUAGGGACACUACAUGACUACAAACAGUGGAAACAUAAUCAGAAUACCUACUAUGCCAAUCAUACUUGUCAGAUGUUGGGAUCCUCCUAGGUAGCGGCGCUGCCUGCAAGUGCCCGAAGCUAACUGCAAUCGUUGGGCUUUGUACAGUAGAUAAUCCAAGUGAGCAUGUAAUAAUUUAUUUACUCGUACUCGCUUCACUUGGUAAGUACUGAAGUACUACUAGUUUCUACGAGCGUGAAAUGUUAAAGCUGAAACUUGAGAAAAAAGUAAAUUCACAAUAAUUUACUAAAAUGUGGAAGUUUUGUAAAAAGAACUGACGGACAUAACUCUCUUCAUUGGCAUUGUCACAAUCGUGAACGCGGUGAGUUAUAAAAAAUGAUAACUCUCUAACAUCUUCAUAAUGUUAACGAGAGAGAGUUACCUCAAACAUAACUGUCUCAUGUUAGUUCAAGGGAACAUCGGGAGAGUUAAGAAAUUGGUUGUGGUCGUUGGGAAAAGUGGGCGUGGUUCGAACAUAACUCUCCGAAAUCAUAACUCUCCGAGAUAACUCUCCACUUCAUAACUCUCCGUGCCCGAAGCUAACUGCAAUCCUUGGUCAGAAGGUCUUAUAUGCAUGCUUACUGUCGUUCCAAUUGAAGUGUUGCUGAAAUAUUGUUUCAAUACAUUACCUCGGGCUGACCAAUUCAUUUGAUCAAGUUCCUCGAGAUAUUCAUACACUUCCUGUGAAAGAGCCAAUUCCAAGUAUUUGAUCAUUUCUGGUCACUUCCUUUCUCUUUAUGAUUGGUUAGUUGCACAAACAACAAAGGUGAUUGGUGCAUUCAAACUAUUCAACAGGAAGUUUACAAUUAUACUAGGAAGUGUAUGAAUAUCUCGAGGAACUUGAUGAAAUGAAUUGGUCAGCCCGAGGUAAUGUAUUGAAUCAAUAUUUCAGCAACACUUCAAUUGGAACGACAGUAAAUUAAGUAAGGUAGAAAAUUUCAAUUUUUCUGAAUACAUUUUGCAAUAUUUACCGACCAGAUUUAAUAAGAAUCGUACUCAAGAGUCAAGACAUAAAUUCAUCAAAUAAUGCCAUCAAAAACGUAAAAUUUCCUGGUCUGUGGCUGAAUUUUAUUCAUCAGCCGACAAUCUUGUCGGCUUGACAUAUUACAAUUUUCGACCAAUUGGGUUUGAACAAAUUUAUAGUGGACACUCAAUUUUGACAAUAUGAAACAUAACUCAGCCCUGCUACUACACAAACUAUGGGCUAUGGUCAAACUAUGGUUAAAGCUGGAUUAGCGCUAACCCUCGGUUAAAAUUUUUAAACCUGCUGUUUUAGUUCGUGUAUUUCUGCAGAUCAGUUUAUCUCAGAAUUUCAGAGGAGAAAACUCCAACUGAUCCAGACAAUAUUUCUGAUACAUAAAAUAUUUCCAAAUUUAUAAACAAGCUGUUAGGAAGUUUGCUUUGAAUUUUAGGUUAACCUAGCAUUAAGCUAAUCGGUUUUCGAACAACCGCGGCCCUGGCAGGGUAAUAGUGCUUAAUCUGCUCAUCUCAGGGCUGCCAAAUCUCACAAUUAGCCAUGAGUCUCCAGGUUUUGUGACUGAAGUCGAGGUCUCGCAGAUGGACUUACAAAUCUCACGGUAUUAGAGGAAAAUGGCAAAAUUCUUCAUGACUGUACACCUGAUUUCUAUUUUUUUUCUAAAUAUCUAAAUUACUAAAUACCUAAUUAGUGAUGCACUGAUAUCCAUAUCGGUGUGUCGGUAUCGGCUUAUCGGUACUAAAAUAGAAAUAUCGGUAAUUUUGUUGUUGAUAUUACCGACAUUACAAACUGUUACUAAAUAUUAAUGAUCAUGAAUAGUUAUUUUUAGUACAAAUAAACAGUCACUGAGUUUGUUGCGUGCAUUUGCAGCAUUUCAUUUGAUAUUUUCGGAAUUUAGAAACAAAUGAAUUGAAUUAAAUUCAAAAGUAUUAAAGUAGAACUGUCAUGAUGUCAUCUUUGAAUUUUGUGAAAUGACAUAGAAUAUCGGUAUCGGCAAAAUAUCGUCCUUCAAUAUCGGAAUAUCGGUGAAUUUCCAUAUCGGUGCAUCGCUAAACCUAAUCAAUCUACUAACUUGAUACUUAAAUUAUAGUGGAACAGUUUUAUAAAAAAUAUUUGUAUUGCCUGCAAUAGGAAAUCCUGUGACCACUGUGGUUACUCUAGGAUUUAUCUUAAUUGUAUGUCUUAUCAGUCUUAAAAGACAUAUCGCUUCAAAAAGCAUUGCAACAACACCAUAUAUAGGACAAUCACAAAUGACAAUUUUGUUAUUUUCCCCUAUUUAUAUUGCAAUCCUUUGCACAAAAUGUUGAGGCCUAAACCCAGGUUUGGCCCACUGUGGCCUUCGUACAACCAGUCCCUGGCCAUUGACUAAUAUCAUUCUGUGUCUUUCAUCAGGGAAGUUUAAAUGUCUACAGAUUUUGUGACAAUGUGUGGACAUUCGUACUGAACAAUGUUGAAUUUCGAGAGCUUCCUGAUACUAUUAAAGUUGACAAAGUAAAAGUGGUUGCUUGUGAUGGAAGAGGUACAGUAUAUCUUCAUCAUUUGGAAUGUUGCAUGUUCAUUUUUAACAUAGUGUAAUUGGUAUAAUCUCUAUAUUCAGCAUUAUUUAUUAUUUCAUGCUGUCCAAAAUUACUUGCAGCAGAAACCAAAUUGGAUUACGACAAAAUCAGCUUUGCGGUAACCUGGGUUUGCGACUUUACCAUAACAAAAACUGUUUGAAGAACUUAGAAUUUAUUAUAGUUUUAUUUGUCCAAAUGAAAUGUAAGGUAACCCAAUUAGAUCACAGAACGCAUAAAGAAAAUUUAAAUAUUACAGUGACUGUUAACACAGUUAUUAAUUAUAGAAUUAAGAGAUUACGAACUUACAUUACUUUAGGGAAACCAAAUUAGGUUGCCGCAAAUCAAAGUUUGCGGUAACGCAGUGAUAACCCAGGUUUGGUUGCCAUAAUUUUGGACAGCCUGUGAUUUUACUCUCACUGUCUAACACCAGACAAUUUUACUUGUCAAGGGCAAGCACUAGUGCAUAAUGGGUAAACUGCAAACUUUUGUAUGUGGGGUGGCCAACUUCCCCUGCCCAGAAAAUUUUGAGAACUUUAUGUUAUGCCAUUUCCAGCCAAUUCAGGGAUAAAGGAUAAUCACUGAAGUUUAUGGGCAUAUAAAUUUCCUACUGAAAACACUGGCAAGCAGUGGCAGAUGACACUUUACGAAAUAUUUGGGGGACGAAUUACAGUAGGAUGCCAACAUAUGACCACCUUAGUUCUUCAACCCAUUGAGUGGCAGUACUCUCCCCCUGACGAGUAAAAUUGUCUGGCUUUAGACAGUAAAAUAAUAAAGUACAUGUAGGGCGCAUUGCGUCCUGAUGCGCCCUACUUUAGUAUUUAAUAUUUUACUCAUCAAAAGAAGAGCGCCGAUGCUUAAUGGGUUAAAUGGCCUGUCUGCCCAUGUGUCCAGUUAACCCAUUGAGUCGCAUUGCAUGCGCCCUACUUUAGUAUUUUACUCUGUCUAAUGCCAGACAAUUUUACUCGUCAAGACGAGAGGGCAGGCGCUUACAGUUGAUUUCACAUAAGUUUUCCCUGAAUGUUGUGAACUUCGUUCCGAACUUCGUUGUGAAGUCAAAAGUUCAUAUUGAAAUUCACAAGACGGUUUGUAAACGAAGCCUCUGAUUGGCUUAUUUUUGUUCAGGGACCAAUCAGAGGCUUUGUUUACAAACGGUUUGUGAAUAUUAUUAUGAACUUUUGAACCUCACAACGAAGUUCGGAACGAAGUUCGCAACAUUCAGGGAAAAGUUAUGUGAAAUCAACUGUAAUGGGUUAAACUUUUUGCCUUUCAUGCAAUAUAUUACUUAAUUUAUAGCCUACCAGUGCCUUUAUGGUUAGGAAACUAUAGACAUUCAUUCAAAGGCUUUCAGAAAUUAUUUGGGGGGGGGGGGGGGGGGGGUUGCCACCCUAGUGUCCAAAAGUGCUGACAACUAUUGUGACACAGAACGUAUAUUAGUAAAACUUGAAAUUCCCCAUUUACAGAUCUAAAUCUGAAACGCCGAAGGACCUUCCUCGAAACAUGGGAAUUUAUUUUUAUGUUAAUAAAAGUUGUAUUCUUCACUAUCUGCUGCAGGCCCCGUUCAAGAUUUAAUUAUGAUUGUAAUAUUAAUUUCUAUCAGGGGCAGAUCCAGGAUCAUCUGCAUGGAGGGCUGCAGGUUUUCCAUGGGGUGGUACACGAGGGAGCCUUACUGCCCACUCUCCUUUGGCUCUGCAGUCUGCAAUGCUACUAUCCCAACAUUACCAUUAUUUGAGAUGGCCGCAUCUGCGUGUUCGCCGUUCUGUUACGUUUUACAUUAUCUUUUCUUUAUAAAGUUAUAUCGGCUUUUUAUCACGUAUGCGUGACUGGACAGUUGCUGUAGUACACAGCACAGUAAAAGUGCAGUACACUGUGGACUGUAUAUUUGAAGAUAUGGCUGUAUAACAACCUCGACAUUGAUUACAUCAGGCUUGCAUGGAAUUUCCCUAAAACGUCUCCACGGCAAUACUGUCAAAAACUGCAGUAGAGCACAGCAGCUCUCUGGGGCAAUAUUUGCCAGUUCAACGGCAGUUGACAUUGAUCUGUCAUUUUUAUCAAUGGACGGAAUUACGUACGGAAACAAGUGCACUAAUUUCGUGUUGUUAAUUUAUUUCCAAUUUUCAUCAUUCGUUGUUUCUCAUAUAAUUUUGAUUUCAAUAUGUAAAUUCCAACCUUGGUUUACAUAUUUAACCAUGACAGUGAACUAAAACAUUCUGAGUAUUUUCUUGUAAGCUCACAAAUCAAUUUAAAUUAUUUGUUUCAAGACGCGCCAACAGAUACCACUGAUCGUUAUUCGAAAAGCAUAAAUGUAUGGUCAAGCAGAUUUUUAGGGGGGUGCUGGACUUCUCUAGGGGUAUGCUAGACACCACUAUAGGUGGGGUGCGCACUCCCCAGGAUCCCCGUGGUAGAUCCGCCCUUGGUUUCAAUUAUUUGUUGCUUCGUCUUCUACUAAUUACAUCAUAUUUCUUUCUUGUUUUUUACAUUAUAGGUUCGAGUGAUGCACAGACAUAGCUAGAGAAAUGGGUAAAACCAAAUAUUAGUUCUUAGCCAUGGUGUAGAAUUGUUAUGGUCACUGACUUUAAGAGAUCAACUUAACAUGGUUGAGGGAGUGUAGCAAAGAUUCUUUUACUAAUACCAACAUUCUUAAUGCACGAAUAUCUAGGCAUAUGGAGUACAUGUACUUAAAUUCUAUGUAAAAUAUGUAUGUUGUGAAGUAAUGUUUAGGGGUGCACAGGAUAGAGCAUUUACUAUCCGGCCGGAUACCUGAUAUGCCGGAUAGUUGAGAAAUACUGUAUCCUGCUGGGAUACAAGAAAGAUACAAAAUUAAAUAAUUUUACAAUAAAUUUUAUUUUUAAUCUUUCAAGGAUAAAAAAUAAUUUUAUAUAAUUAUUUUCAUUGGUUAUAAAGUGAUGGUGAUUAUAAGACAGAUAUAUAUUGACUUGAAAUGAUAGGAAAGCACCUCACAGUGCAACUUAGAUAAACAUGCAUAGUUGGAAAAGCCUUACUCAAAAAGUUCAAAUUUUAAAACUACUUUUUCUCAUUUGCAAGCGAGCAUGAAAUAUCUUGAAAAUAUUGCCCACUUCUCUACGACCAUUUCAACCAUUUUGAAAAUAAGGCCGGAACACCUUAAAUGAACAAUAUUUGGCAUCCGACCGGAUAUUUUAGAUACAAUAUCCAGUGCAUCCCUAGUAAUGUUUAGUGUGAAUAGUUGUGGAUUUUUGUUAACUAUUAAAUGCAACAAAAAAUAUACAAAUCUAUAUAAUGGCAAAAUAAUUUUUGUUCAUUUU